AUGCGCGGACACUCUUUUCUAGAAAAGGCGACCAUCUUGGCGGGUUUGGCUAGCAACGUCGAUGCUUUCUGGCGUUUGCCAUGCAGAGCACGAAGUGGAGUAGCAAGAAUUGAUCCCUUGGUCAAUCCUGGGACAGUAUCCCCGCAUGCACAUUCUAUUCAUGGAUCUAGUGGGUUCGGAGAGUCUUCCACUUACGACGAUUUGUUGGCUGGAAACUGUACCUCAUGUGAAGUCUCUCAAGAUAAAUCUGCUUACUGGACUCCUUCGCUUUAUUUCAAGAAUGCCGCCACUGGAGGAUUCCAGUUGGUUGAGCAAGUGGGUGGUAUGCUUGCAUACUACCUUCUCUAUGGAGACAAUGUAACUGCAUUCCCCAAAGAUUUUACCCUAAUUGCCGGAAGCAACGAUCUUCGUAACUUCUCCAAUUAUCCAGUCCCCGAUGUCGACAAAUCGAACUGGAACGUGGCUCCAUACAACACCCAAGAUUUCCUCAGACAGGCCGCUCUCGGUUUCAACUGCUUGAACUAUAGUGCUCCUGCUGAAGGAUCCCUCUACCGUCAUUUCUUGCCUGAUAAGGCCUAUCUCGAUGCUAAUUGCGCGGACGGUGUCAGAUUUGAGCUCAUGUUCCCAUCGUGCUGGAACAAGACCGCUGGACCAAACCCAGCAGAUGGAAAAUCGCACAUGGCAUAUCCCUCCGAAGUCAUGACUGGUACUUGCCCAGAAGGAUUCGAUACCCGCCUCGUCUCGCUUUUCUACGAAACCAUUUGGAACACCGCCGCCUUUAACACCACUGCUGGAGAAUUUGUUAUUUCCAACGGCGAUCCAACUGGAUACGGAUAUCACGGAGAUUUCAUCAUGGGCUGGGAGGAGGAAUUCUUACAAUCGGCUGUUGAUACAUGUACUAACCUUUCCGGGGAAAUCACCGAUUGCCCACUCUUCGAUAUCCAAGAUGAAAGUGUAUACGGAUCUUGCAACAUCACACUUCCAUCCGCUUUGGAAAACGAAAAUGUCAUUGGUUCCAUGCCGACCCUUCCAGGAAACUGUGCCAUUCAAUCUGGACCAGUCCCAGCUACUGCUAUGCCCGGUUUAACUGGCACUGGAAAAUCGUCCGCUUCCACUGCAUCUUCAUCUUCGUCUGCAAAAGGAUCAAGUGCAGCUACCACAACGAGCACAUCAGCCGUCGUACCAACUCUUUCCCACUCCGCUGGAUCAACCAUUGUCGCUUCUUUGGGCCAAACUUACGUACCAGGUGGUGUAUUCGCCGCCGUUGAAUCUGGAGUUUCUUACUCUUCAUCUGGCUCAUCGACUGCCGCCGCAGAUGAGACCCCAGCCGUAGCAAGCUCGGCAACUACUCUACUCACUGCUUCUUCUGCAACUUUCUAUUCAACAUCUUACUCGACCACGACCGCGAUCUCAGAUCUCAAUGUGAAGGUAGAGGUUGAUGAAGUACUUUGGGUGGAGAAAACUGUCACUGUUACCGCCUCGGCAUCGGCGACUGGAGUUGCUAGAAAAAGACAUUUGCACGAGCAUCAACAGCUAAAGAAGAGAGGUGGACACUUUGUUUGA